UCUCUCUAAAUAUAUAUCUUUCUCUCUUUGUCUCUCUAUAUAUGUAUGUAUAUAUUUGUUGGCGAUUGAAAUAAUGCCUAUACUAUACAAGAAAUUGCUACAGGACAACUUUAAAUAGAAGCAAUCUCAGACACACAAUUAUACAUAGCAAUAACCAAGAUUUUGUGGUAGACGAACUAUUCACAUUCUCAACUACCCAUCACUCGCCUUCUGUUUCAUUGCGUGUUUUGUAGAAAACCCAAAAACUUGGAAACCCUAGAAAAGAGGAAAGGGGAAUUUGCAAGAUUUUUUUAUUCGAAGGGAAGCUUUUCUUGAUCUAGCUUAAGUUGCAUUUAUUUCCACAAUGUCAAGCUUAGAGCAGCCUCUUGGUCUGGACAAGUUGCCAAGCUUGAGCAACAUCGACUGGCUCAAUAGGUGCUCAUCUAGUGCAUGCAGACCCAUAGAAGAGGAUACGGUAAUGGGAAGUUGCUGGAUCGAAGGGAGAAGUUGCAGUUCAUCUAACAGCUGCGAUGAAGAUUCUGAAGAGUACAGACAAGAGACUUUACCAUGGAAAAGACAAAUGAGGGGCACAUCAAAGAGGACUUCAAAUGCAGGCAGGAAUUCUGUGGCCUGUGGAAUUGUGAAUGAUUUGCGCUACUUGUCCAAUCAUCAAGGACACUCCUAUAGCAAUGACAAAGACAUAGGAGCGACGAAAUAUAAGUGGUUUUUCGAAGAUAUACCAAGAUAUGUGAAGGUAGUGGAAGUUGGUCCAAGAGAUGGGUUGCAAAAUGAGAAGAUCAUUGUCCCAACAUCUGUGAAGGUCGAAUUAAUCCGUAAACUUAUUUCUUCUGGAUUGCCUGUGGUUGAAGCUACAAGCUUUGUGUCACCAAAAUGGGUCCCUCAGCUGGCAGAUGCAAGUGAUGUGAUAGAAGCAGUUAAGAAUUUCGAAGGAGUCAACUUGCCCGUGCUGACACCCAAUCUAAAGGGGUUCAAAGCAGCCGUUGCAGCUGGUGCAAAAGAAGUAGCUGUCUUUGCAUCAGCUUCGGAGUCCUUCUCAAAAUCAAACAUCAACUGCAGUAUCGAAGAGAGUCUUUCUCGUUAUCGUGCUGUUACCUCUUCUGCCAAAGAGCUUUCAAUUCCUGUGCGUGGGUACGUCUCGUGCAUUGUUGGUUGUCCAGUUGAAGGAUCAAUCUCCCCUUCAAAAGUUGCAUAUGUGGCAAAGGAACUUCAUGACAUGGGUUGCUUUGAAAUCUCACUUGGAGAUACAAUAGGAGUUGCUACACCUGGUAAUGUGCUUCCUAUGCUUGAAGCUGUGAUGGCUGUUGUUCCUGUUGAGAAGCUUGCUGUUCAUUUCCAUGACACAUAUGGCCAGGCUCUUUCAAAUAUCUUAGUAUCACUUCAAAUGGGGAUUAGCACAGUGGAUUCCUCAAUUGCUGGUCUUGGAGGUUGCCCGUAUGCCAAGGGAGCUUCAGGGAAUGUUGCAACUGAGGAUGUCGUCUACAUGCUUAAUGGUCUUGGCGUGAAAACCAAUGUCGACCUCAACAAACUCUUGCUGGCCGGAGAGUAUAUCAGCAAACAGUUGGGUCGAACAUCAGGUUCCAAGACAGCCAUUGCAUUGUGCCGCAUGACUCCAGAUGCUUCUAAGAUUUGAAAAAAAAAUUACGGUAUUGAGACAUUUUUAUAAGCUCUUAUGCCCGUUAAGAGCAUGAAUCUAGGAAUAAUCAAAGCUAAGAACUAUAGCUAAUAGGUGAUUUCUUGCUUCGAGUAUCAAUCUGCUUACCACGGCAGAAUUAAUGUAUACCAUUCUUAAAUUUUAUUAUCAUAUCAUAUACAUAUAAAAGAGGCACGACCGCAUUAUACUGUAUGCACACCAUAUUGGCAUUUUUACUA